ACAAAGGCUAUAAAGUGUGCAGAAUUUACUGCCCUAGUUGUGCCCUUACCUCUGGCUGUGAGUAGCUGGUUUAAGGCUUUAUCAGGUGCCGUGAAAAUUCUCUGUCAAGAUUCACUGUGCAUGUCAAGGAUGGUGAUCCCUGGAACUACACCCACUGACGAGAAGCUCUUCAACCCCCCUGAAGAGCUGCAGAAAGAUGCUCACAUUCCUGAUUUCGAAAGUUACUUGAGGCUUUACAAGAAGUCCAUUGAAGAGCCUGAGGAGUUUUGGAAAGAGGUUGCUGAAGAUUUCUUCUGGAAGAGUCCUCCAAAAGGAGAGUUUCUGAAGUAUAACUUUGAUGUUACGAAAGGCAAUGUUAAUGUCAAGUUCAUGGCAGGCGCUAAAACCAAUAUAUGUUACAACAUCCUAGAUAGAAAUGUGAACGAGAAGAAUCGUGGAGAAAAAGUGGCAUACUACUGGGAAGGGAAUUCACCUAGCCACAGCUGUUCUAUCACAUACAAUCAGCUCCUGAAGCAAGUCUGCAAGUUUGCCAAUGUUUUAAAAAAUAUGGGAGUGAAGAAGGGGGACAGAGUAGCAAUCUACCUACCCAUGAUCCCUGAGUUAGUAUAUUCCAUGCUAGCAUGUGCGAGAGUAGGAGCAGUACAUUCCACUGUGUUUGCAGGUUUCUCAUCAGAAUCGCUGUGUGAGAGAAUCCUGGAUUCCCAGUGUUCAUUUCUCAUCACAGCAGAUGGUGUUUAUAGAGGAGAUAAACUAAUCAACCUUAAGCAGAUCUCCGAUGAGGCACUGGAGAAGUGUAUAGAAAAAGAAAACUUUGUUAUUAAAAACUGCAUCAUUGUAAGACAUAUUGGAGAGCAGAAGAACAAUGCCAAUGUUUACAACUCAUUUCAGACUCCCUGGAAUGCAGACACCAAUGUGUGGUGGGAUGAUGUAAUGAAAAACUCCAGUGAAGAAUGUGAACCGGAAUGGGUCGAUGCGGAAGAUCCUCUCUUCAUCCUCUACACUAGCGGGUCCACUGGUAAACCAAAGGGAGUUUUGCACACAGUUGCAGGAUACCUCCUCUACACUGCGCUGACAUUUAAGUAUGUUUUUGACUACCACCCUGACGACGUGUACUGGUGUACGGCUGACAUCGGCUGGAUCACUGGUCACUCAUACAUUACUUACGGACCACUUGCCAAUGGCGCCACAAGCGUGCUUUUUGAAGGUGUACCAGUCUACCCUCACGUGGGAAGGUUCUGGGAGAUAAUUGAAAAAUACAGCGUGUCAAAGUUCUAUACUGCGCCAACUGCCAUUCGACUGCUGAUGAAAUACGGGCAGGAGCCUGUGAAGAAGUUCAACCUUGGUUCUCUUAAAAUCCUGGGUACUGUCGGAGAGCCUAUCAACCCUGAGGCUUGGCUGUGGUACUACAAUGUUGUUGGAGAGAAGAGGUGUCCAGUCCUGGAUACUUUCUGGCAAACAGAGACUGGUGGUCACGUGAUUACACCUUUACCAGCUGCUACUCCCUUGAAACCCGGCUCAGCUACAUUUCCUUUCUUUGGGGUGCUGCCCAGCAUUCUGAAUGAACAUGGAGAAGAGCUUGAGGGGGAAGCUGAAGGCUAUUUGGUCUUCAAGCAACCGUGGCCAGCUAUAAUGCGCACAGUGUAUGGAAAUCACGAACGGUUUGAGAACACCUAUUUCAAAAAGUUCCCUGGGUAUUAUGUCACGGGUGAUGGCUGUCGGAGGGAUAAAGAUGGGUAUUACUGGAUCACUGGUAGGAUUGAUGACAUGCUGAAUGUAUCUGGACACUUGCUGAGCACUGCUGAGGUGGAGUCAGCCUUGACGGAACACCCUGUUGUGGCAGAGGCUGCAGUGGUGAGCCGCCCCCAUGCUGUCAAAGGGGAAUGCCUCUACUGCUUUGUCACAUUGAAGAAUGGGAGGGAGUUCAGCCACUCUCUUGCAGAGGAACUGAAGAAGCAAGUACGGGAAAAAAUUGGACCAAUUGCCACACCAGACUUUAUCCAGAAUGCACCAGCACUGCCUAAAACACGUUCAGGAAAAAUAAUGAGACGGGUCCUGAGACAGAUUGCCCGCAGCGAGAAAGACCUUGGAGACCUCUCCACACUUGCAGACCCCAAAGUUGUGGAGGUUCUCUUCAGCCAGAGGUGGGAAGCUACUGCUUGAGACCCUUACCUGCUGGAUUCGCAGACGGCGCUAAAGGAAAUCAACUAGAAUGUACUGUCUUGUCUAAUAAGUGACCUUGGUAAAACAAAGUGUCAGUGGCAUCAUAAUACGGAUUAAGCAAGGCUGAUUUUCAAAACCUCAAUCAAUAAAUGAUCUGUCACACCUCU